UUUUGCUUGUGCCAACCCCGACAACCCACGACCAACACACAGGGUAACCACCACCCCCCCACCAACGCAUUCAACCAUACAGAUAUGCGCAUCGCAUGUGCAUGUGUUACAUGUUUCACACGUACACAUUACGCUCGCAUACUCAAUAUUCAUCGUUCGGUAUUUAAACUAGACACAUCUUACUUUGCAAACACACUCACACAAAUAAGUACGUUUCAGAGAUUCCAUAUAGACACGCGCCAGUUUACAUAUAUAACCUAAUCUAAUAUUUAUAGACUGUAUACACACAUAUAAUACAUACACACUUGUUGCAGCUACGCGCUCACGCACUCCCCACAUAAUACGCGCAUUCUGCCUUUUACGCACAACCUCAAGAUACUAUAUUUCUCACGCAUAACCUACCCACAUUGACUUCAAGCCUAGCCUUACCUUUCACACUAAACACAGUGGAACUUCUCCGCAGUACGCGUCUUGCAACAGUCAACAUAUCACACACACAACGCAAAGGUGACCCCCGCCUGUAACACUUUAGUUGGCACGAGUGCUGCUGUAAGCGCCGACAAUUGGUCAAUCCGACAAAGAGCCACAGCACCCACGAGCUGCUGGGUCAAGUGCUGGCGAGGUGAGCCGCCAAGGCGGCACAGACACAAAGAACACAACUCACCGCCAUGAGCUCCACAUCCGAGGUGACUCUCGUCCUCAACACCUCAACGGAGCCGAUGGCUGGGGGAGCCAAUUCGAGCUCUACGUCGUCCUCGGCCGUGUACCAGGGCUUGUUCUCCCAGCCUCUCCUGGCCGCGGUGACCGCCACGAGUGUCCUGCUCUUCGCCUUCGGGGUGUUGGGGAACUCCAUGACCAUCGCGGUGUUCUCGAGAACUCACGAAAUGCGCACCACCACCUACCUCUACCUGUCCAGCAUGGCCGUGUCGGACCUGCUCAUCUUCUCGUGCAUGCCCUUCGACCUGUACCGCCUCUGGCGCUACCGGCCGUGGUUGUUCGGGGACUUUGUGUGCAGGUGCUUCCAGUACGUGAGCGAGAGCUGCACUUACGCCACCAUCCUGCACAUCACGGCGCUCAGCGUGGAGAGGUACCUGGCCAUCUGCUUUCCCCUCUGGGCUAAGGUGGCCAUCACGCGUCGGCGGGUGAGGGCCCUCAUCCUGGGCCUGUGGGUCCUGGCCCUGGGCAGCGCGGGCCCCGUGAUCUCCAUCGUCAGCGUGCAGGUGGAGAAGCGUGAGCCGGUGUGCAUGGUGACGGACGAGGCGCGCAAGUCGGGCAGGCUCGAGAUCAUCACGUGGAUGUCCACCGCCUACUUCUUCCUGCCCGUCUUCUGCCUCGCCGUGCUCUACGGACUCAUCGGCCGGCGGCUGUGGCUGCGGCGGACCGAAGCGGUGGUGCCCUGCAUGGUGCAGCACGAGAAGGCUCACCGGCAGACGGUGCGCAUGCUCGUGGCCGUGGUGGUGGCCUUCGUGGUGUGCUGGCUGCCCUUCCACGUGGGCCGCCUCAUCUUCGCGUGGCACGUGACCAAGAGGUCGCAGUUCAUCCACGACCUGAGCCAGUACCUGAACCUCACUUCCUUCGUGCUCUUCUACCUGAGCUCGGCCAUCAACCCGCUGCUCUACAACUUCAUGUCGCGCAAGUACCGUGCGGCGGCGCGCCGCCUCAUCGGCCCGGGGCUGGCGGGCGCGCUGUGCCCGCGCGCCCGGGACGCGCGCUCCCUCUCGGGCAGGGACCGCGCCGGCCUCUCGGGCUCCUCGGCGGGGUCGUCCUACCGCCGCAGGGCCCGCUCGGUGAGCAGCAGCGUGCAGGAGGACAGCACGCAGGCGUUCAUGCUCGACCCGAGCAGCACGGCCGUGUGA